GGUGAUGCCACUGAUGGGUUCAAAGUCGGACGAUGUAGUGUAGUUUACCGGCGUGGUGUAAAUUUCCGAUGGGCCAAUGUCAAUGAAUACUGGUGCUGCAGUUUCCUGUGCACAUUACGGAGGUGAGGAGUGUUGGGUAGUGCGAGGUAUUCUUUGCCUUUGCCAGUGCCAGUGGAUGUAGUAUAAUAUUUUAGAGGAGACGGACUCUGGCAAUCUACACACAACCCUGUGCUUGCUGGGUUAGGUGUUGUGAAAUGUUAGCAAGGCUUCCAGAGCUGAAAUAUCCCGCCAAGAAACCAGACACUCAUUAAGUGCCGUGAGGCGUGUUACGCAUUGCCACAGUGGUGUUGAGGUGAUCACAGUUAUAUGCAUCGCGGGAAAUCCAUUGGAAUUCCUUACUUCUUAUCACCGCAGCCAUUUGCUCAUCUUUCCCGUAGUCUUCAGUGAUGUCCUCCGUUCGCCUCUCCACCGACGGCAAGUUAGGUCGGCGUAUGAGUAACGGUUCUGCUAGUGUACGCUCAACAGGAUCAACAGGCAGUAACAAUAGCAAGGGCACAUCAAACUCACUGCGCGACACAUGGCAAAGGAGACCUCGUCUCGCCAUCCCGUUCGAUAGGCAGAGAUCGAGCCAGGACAUCUGCGAGGGAGAAACGAGUUUUGAUCUGUCCGAGCCAGUGCCGGAUGACGAUACAAACAGUGAUGAUGUGGAUGUCCACCUCGUUCGUAUAUUCCUAAAGGAUGAGUCCUAUCGCACUGUUCGCUUCACUGACAACUGGAAAUGCGGCCACAUUCUCAACAACAUGUGGAGGCGUAUGGAGCAGCUACCAGGAGAGCGACCUGACUUCAUGCUUUACAUGAUCUACAGGAAGGGAGGUGCACGCUUUGUGAAAGACAGCGAAUCGUCCAUUGUCUUGUUGGGCGAUGAACUGAUUGAAGUGGAGAAGAUCUACCUCCGCCACAAAGAGGAUCGGACUGGCGUAAAACGAGUGUCGCUUGACAAUGGCGGAAAGGGAGAACUUGUCCUAAAACAAGGUGGCAUUUAUGGAACUGUCAGAGGGACAUCUGCUGCACCGAACCCAUAUGCUGAAGCCAUGGGUGGUAGCCGGACAGUCAGCAUACUAAAGCCGGAGGCGGUGCAGUCUCGCAACUUUGCUCUAGCAUUUAGUCAGGCAUGGGAGAAAGGAACUGAACUAGAGCAGCUGGGUGCUGAGAACCCGCUGGUGUAUUCAAGUAUCAGCAACGGUGACACAUACUUCAUCAACAGCAGCAACCGAUGUCCAGAUGAUUUCUUUGAAUAGACCCAAUCACGCAAACUUUGGUGCUUUGUAACGGGUUAACCAUGCUGUACUGUCGUACUGCUGCAAGGAUAGCAAGGAUAGGCCGCUAAUGCUACAAUUGCCUUGAGAUGAAACUGGCUGUGACAGUGACCAAGACCUAGGUUUGACAACUAGAAGGAAAAGAGGAGGAAAAACCGGACUCGAAGGACUGCAGUGCAGUGGCGCAGAAGCGUCGGAUGAGAAUGAUGGAGUACAUGCCAUGCAGGCGACAGCAUCAGCUCAAGUUCUGAUUGGAUUUACCAAACACUUCUCGACAUGCUGGUCAUUUUGAACUCUUGUGUGAUUGCAUCAUAUCCUUCUCAUCCGCCAAUUGCAAGCUUCUAAUAUCUUGAUGUAAAUCGACAAGCCUGCUAUUUAAAAUUCGCCUUCAAUUUUAGGCUAACGGAUAUUUUGAUCAAGAACACUAUAGUGCCGCUCCAGAGAAAGUAGGUUUAAGUCUAACCCAUUUCCAUUCCAGUUUAACUAGGUAACCCAUUCCCAUACCAGUUACCAUGGUUACACCCCUUGACUGUCUCUCGCCGGUUACUGCUCGGUAAUCACCGCUACCCUUGUCCCCAGGUAAUACGGGAACGCCGCAGUGCGAUGAUAGAAUUGUAAUUUCACAACUUGCUGAUAUUGUCAAGAGCAAGGGCGUAUACAUAACUAUACAUACAUACAUACAUAGCUAUUUUAUUUGCGCAUUUUGCGCUGCUCUACGAUCUUCUCUACUGUACUUUAAAAUUCAUCGUCCUCAAAUGCUCCUUUUGCUCUUGCCUCUAUUCCAUCUUCAAGGCUUGAAGGCUUGAGAAGGCUGGAAAGCAGUCUCGAGGAUAACUUUCAUAAUGUUACUGUUGAACAAUUGGAUGUGUGUCCUCCUCUAACUGUGAUACCAGAUAGCAUUCAGUUACUAGUGCAUUGGUCAUCACAGAAACCAAACCCUUUCACUGAUCAUGAUACAGAAGUUCCUGAUUGGUUGUCCUCA